AUGUAUAUGGAAGAAGUAAAUAGUGUGCCCUUAAGCAAUAUAUAUUUAUAUAAAAAUAAUAAACUCAAGUUAAUCCCAUACCUAGAAAAUGUGUUCAUAAAGAACAUUUUUUGUUGUAACUAUAGUAUUAAUAUAUUAUUACAUUAUGAUGAUGAAGAAUAUAAUAAUAAACUAAUAAAAUUAGAUAAUGAUAAAGGUUACAUAAACAUAUCAUAUGGUAAUAAUAACAAUAAUUAUAAUAAUAUAUGUGGUUAUUAUUUAACAAGAGAUUUAUUAUUGUAUGAAUUUUAUUGCAUUAAUCAUAUGGAUGAACAUAAAUAUAAUGAUAGAUAUAUAAAAGAUAAUAAUAUUUGUAAUAAAUUAAAAAAUAAAAAUUAUUUUUAUGUUUACAAUAUAAAACCUUUUUUACAAUAUGAUAAACAAAAUGAGAAUGUAUGGCAUUAUGAUAUUUCAAAAAUAAAUAAAAAUGAAGAGACGAAUAAAUAUAUAAAAAAGAGGAAUAUGAAAUACAAAAAUAUAAAUACAUAUUAUUAUGGAAAUAAUAUAUUUUUUGGAAUGAAUAAUAUAAAUGAUAUAUGUAUGUGGGAAGAAAAAGAAGAACAUAAGAAAACAAAAUAUAUUUAUUAUAUUCCUACAAAUAAUAAACCUGAACAUAAACAUUCGGAAUAUUAUUAUAUUUAUAAUCAUAAAUAUAAUAAUGAUAAUUCUUAUAUAUCAUCAUUUGUUAAAUAUUUACAUUUUCCAAAAAAAGUAUGUAUUGAAUCUAUUUCAUGUGGUAAGGAUCACACACUUUUUUUAUCAAGGGAUAAAAAUUGUUAUGCUAUGGGUUGUAAUCAAUUUUAUCAAAUUAAUUACGAUAAAGAUAAGAAUAAAAGAAAACAUUUCUUUGAACAACCUAUCAUUAUAUGUAUUACUAAUAAAAAAAAAAAAAAAAAAGAUAUAAAAUAUAUUGCAGCGGGGUAUACCCAUAAUUUAAUAUGUACUUAUAAAAAUGAGUUAUAUGGGUGGGGAAAUAAUAUAUAUCAUCAAAUUUGGGGAAAUAAACAAAUCGUUAUUAAAAAGCCAACAUUAAUAUUGAACAGGAAAAUUAUAAAAAAUGAAAUAUGUAACAAUAACAAAUUUGGUGUCUUAAAAAUAUGUUGUGGAUUCUCUUUCUCUUGUAUUCUCUUGAAAAAUAAAAAAUGCUUUCUCAUAGGCACAUAUUCAAAUAAACAUACAAUAAAAAAAAAAAAAAAAAAACACCAUAACAAUAAAUCGUAUCAUCAUCAUAAUAAUAAUAAUAAUGAUGAUACAAAUUAUACUUAUGAAAAAAGACCUAUAUCACUCUUACAAAUUAGUAAAAACAAAAAAAUUGAUGACAUAUACUCAACCUUUUAUCACAUAUUUCUUGUUGAAAAUCUCAAACUAUCUAACAUGUUCCCUACAAUUAUUCAUCCACAAAAAAAAAACAAAAUUGUUUAUCUUCUCUUUAAUUUUAAAAUCAAAAAAAGCCUCUCCUAUAAUAUUAGAUUGGAUAAUCAUUCUACCAAAAUUAUAAAAAAAAAUGAAAAGAAUAAUAUUAAAAGGAAAAAGAAAUGUAACACAUUACAAUUGAAUAUUUUACCUCCCCAUGGUGAUAUUAAUAAUGAAAAUAAAAAUAAUGAUAAUAAAAAUAAAAAUAAUGAUAAUAAAAAUAAAAAUAAUGAUAAUAAAAAUAAAAAUAAUGAUAAUAAAAAUAAAAAUAAUGAUAAUAUUCAUAAUAAUAAUCAUAAUAAUGUACAACUUUCAUUUCGUUUUAAUUAUCAUUCAUUAAAGGAUACAUCGAACCCAUUAUGCUUACAUAAAAUGUUUGAUGUUCAUACGAAAAAAUUCAAAAGAAUAAAACAUAAACAUAUGUUACCAUAUCUUAUAAAUAAUAAUAUGAUAAAUCAAAAAUUAUAUUUAACUUUAUAUAAUAACAAAUCAUACAUCCAUUUUAAGAAUCAAUAUCUUAUGCUAUCAUCUUAUAAAGGAAUAAUCAAAAAUAUCAUACCAAAUAAUUGUACAUUAACAAAAAAAAUCAAAAUAAAAUUGAUUAUUAAUAAACCUCCUAUAUAUAUAAAAAAAAAAUUCAUUUCUAUACUUUUCUAUUUUAAAGGACAUGGACGAAAAGAAAAAAUACAAUUAUAUAAAGGAAAAAUGAAUAAAAAUAAAAAAUAUAUUUAUACUAAUAUUGUAUUACCUACACAUAAUCAUAAUAAUAAAAUAAAUACAAAUAAUAGUGAUCAUCAUUUUAAUUUAUGUCAAAUUUAUUUUUCACUAGGUUAUCAUUUCUAUAAAUCCUCAUUCCCAAUUAUUAUCAUCAAACCAGAUAUAUUAAAUAUUACACCAAAUUGUGUUUCCAUAAAUACAUAUAAUCAUAUAUAUAUUAACAUGUUACAUCUCUCAAGCAAUUUUCAUACCAUACAUGUUAUUUUGUAUAACACUCAUCUGGAUUGUAUUUAUAGAAAGGCAUACUAUGACGAAAACACAGAAAAUUAUUUUUUCUCCUUACCACUAAUACCUCUCACCCUAUUUCAAAAAAUUAAAUCCGAAUUCAUAAAAUUUCAAGUAUUUGCCUCAUACAACAAUGUCGAAUACAGCCAAAACGACAUACUUUUAACAGUCACAAGGUUUUAA